ACUUCUCACAUCAAGUUAUCACAACAACAAUUAUGUUUUCACAGUAGUCCACAACGUUAUGCAUCCAAUGCAUUUCUACUCAAGGAAUCGGGCAAAUAUUCCUUAGCACAUUCAACGCCACCACCUCCUCAUAUACAAAAGGUUUUUGAAAAAACUCAGAAAGAAUAUCCCUCAGAAGAACAUAUGAUGUCACCACAUUUACAAGGAUCUUUAUUAACUACUCUUUGUAAAAUAAUGAAUGCGAGUAAAGUAUUAGAAUUAGGUUGCUUUACAGGUUAUUCGGCAUUAUGUUUAGCUGAGGGUAUUAAAGAUAAUAAAGGAAAAGUUAUUAGUUGUGAAAAAGAUGAAAAGUUUGCCAAAUUUGCUUUACAGAAUGUAAAAGAAAGCAAUAUGGAAGACUUUAUUGAGAUUAGGGUUGGAGAUGGUUUGAACACGUUACAAAGCAUUAAAAGAUCCACCCAUUUUGACUUGAUCUUUAUUGAUGCGAACAAAUCAGGAUACGUCGAUUAUUAUGAAACAAUUCUCGAUCGUGACCUUCUCUCUAGCAAUGGAGUUAUCAUAGCCGACAAUGUACCUCAUUUUGAUCCGAAUGCACCAGAAACCAGUGAAAAUCAUAUACCGAAACCUUUGUAUGAAAUGGCAAAGAGUUUAAACAGGUUUAAUGAACACGUUACAAAAGAUCCAAGAACUACAAAUGUAUUGAUCCCUGGUUUCGAUGGGUUAAUGUUCAUUCGCAAGAAUUCGGAAUGUACACAAAGAUUUCAUGCUCCAUCUGCUGAUUUGCCCUUAGAUCAAGAUUUGAUUUUUAAUGAAAGUCCUUUAGAUCAAGAUUCAGUUUUAAAUAAGAAUCUCAAAACUAGUCAUGUUAUAUCUUUAGGAUACAACUUAUAUGAUAUAAAUGGGUUUAUGAACACUCCUAGAAUUGAAAAGAGCUCAGAUCUAAAAAUUUUUAUUGGAGAUAAUGAUAAUCAAAUAAUUAUUGAAGGCAACUCAAAACUUCUGAAAGAAGAUUCUAAUCUGAUAAUUCAGCUUUUGUUAUCCAUAUUCAAAAUUCAAGUAGAUCUUUCAUCAAAUUCAUCAAAUGUUACUGUUGAAAAUAGUGUGACCAUGAUUUUAUUAAGAAAAUUUAACAAAUGA